UUUGUUUAUGUUGUUACUAACCGUUUCGUUUCAAUUUCAGCUCGAUUAACUCCACUAACUAUUCGUAAUACGAACUAUUCAUAACUAACUGUGUUGUAAUAAUUUACUUUCUCGCAUUUUUUAUGUUCUGUAUUAUGUGUUUAAUAGUAUUGUUCACGUUUUAUGUUAAAAAAUCAAAAAAUCCAAAAAAGAGAAACCCGAUGCGAUUCCAACGGUCGCCGUUUAAGAAACCCUUUUCACACACUCACAAGCUUACUCUUGGGCUUCCUUAUAAUGAGCCCAUUUAUGUAUUGUUUCAGGGUUUAGGCUCAUUCAAAUCUUUUGCCAGCUUGGGCUUUUCAGUUUAAAAACAUUUUCAAAAGGACGUGUCAGUCUCGAAGCCUCCCGCCUAGGUCGAGCAAGAGAUGGCAAUCCAAAAUUGUCCCGAUUAUUCACCGAAACACAAAACCGAUUUCAUAUCUUUGAAGUUCGUUGAGUCCAGGUCACAAAUAUCCAAGGUUCAUUUCAUUCCGGCGUCGUUUCACCGAUCAAAAGCGACGUUGAAGUCAGGUACUCACGAAGGCAGCCAGCACUGCGUCGGUGACGGUUUCCAGCUUUCGGUCGAUCAUUUGGACGAUCAGAAGUUCAUCAUCUUCACACAAGGAAACAUGGAUUUUGGACGGAGAAGUGUGAAAAAGUACAAUCUCAUCAAUCCAAAGAUAGAUGAACUAAAGAAACUGGUUGAUCUACGGUUUGUUACUAUUUCCUAAUAUUGAAGGUUUUGUGGAUUCAUAUGCUAUACGCAUCUUCCUAAGUGGUAAUCCUGUUCCAACUUUGCUCGGAGACACAUAUCAUUCCAUCCAUUACCGUACUUUGAAAGGAGGAGGAACCAUAGUCUGUUGUAUACCGUUACUCUACAAAUGGUUUGUCUCUCAUCUUCCUAAGUCAGCUACUUUUUGGGAUCGCAAGUCAGGACUUCAGUGGUCACAGAGGAUUAUGUCUCUUACCCAGUCAGAUAUUGCAUGGUAUAGUAGAGUUUUAGACGAUGUGAAGAUCAUUGAUAGUUGCGGGGAGUUCCCCAAUGUGCCCCUCAUGGGCACAAAGGGAAUCAUUUCUUAUAAUCCAGUACUUGCUAGGAGACAACUCGGUUACCCUAUGAAGGACAAGCCUCCUAACAUUCUUUUAGAAGGUAUUUUCUUGAGGGAUAACGAGGAGGACCCUACCAUGAAAGAGAGAGUAGUAAGAGCUUGGCAUCGUGUUUGUCGCAAAGGGAGACUUGAAUUGGGUAAGAAAGAUUGUACCUCCUAUGAGCCAUACCUCCAGUGGAUCAGAGCCAGAGCUAUACAGUUGAAAAUGCCAUACCCACAUCAUGAUCCUAUCAAACCCGCUCCGUUGAAGACCCCCUACCUUCCGCUAGAUGACAAAGAAGAACUCCAAGCCACCUUGGAGAGGGUCAAGAAGGAGAGAGACGCUUGGAAGGAUAAGGCCCAGGUGCUCGAAAUGGAAAAUGAAGAACUUCAGAGACAGUUAAAGGAGCAGAGUGGAGAAGAUCGUGCAGGUAAACGUCCAAGGGUGCAAGAGGAUUUAUUUUCCUCAGGCACAACAGAUUACUCCCAGAUUCCACAGUCCUCAGGUGCAUGGAAAGGUCUUGUAGACAGUUUGGUGAAGGAGAAAGCUUUUAUGUAGAAGGCCUAUGAAGAAAGAAUUGAGAGACUUGAAGGACAACUCCUACUUGUUUAUGCUCGUCCUGAUGACACAUGUCCUUAAAUGGUUUUCUUGGUUGU